AUGGCACCGCCCGUCACAGAGCUAUUCUCCCUCAAGGGCCAAAUUGCCCUCGUAACAGGCGGCACCCGCGGGAUUGGCCAAGCAAUGGCCGUUGCCCUCGCAGAAGCAGGAGCAGAAAUCAUUCUUGCACAACGCGAUGAGUCCGAUCAAAAAACUAAGGCCAUGAUUGAAGAAUGCGGCGGCAAUGCUUCCAUCUGCACUGCAAACUUCAGUUCCAAGUCGUCUGUGGCGGAACUGGCUCGCAAACUCACCGAGGACGGCCGUAGAAUCCAUAUUCUGGUUAACUGCGCCGGCAUCCAAAGACGCCACCCCGCGCACGAAUUCCCAGACGAAGAUUGGGAAGAGGUAUUGCAGGUCAACCUGACGAGCGUCUUCCAGCUAUGUCGCGGCAUCGGUGCGCACAUGCUCGCGCAACCCGCCGACUUGCCGCUGGGCCGCCGCGGUACCAUCAUCAACAUAGCGUCGCUCUUGACGUUCCAAGGCGGUAUCACGGUUCCCGCGUAUGCGGCGUCCAAGGGCGCAGUCGGCCAGCUUACCAAAGCACUUUCGAACGAAUGGGCGAGCAAGGGCAUCAGCGUAAAUGCUAUUGCGCCCGGGUACAUUGCGACGGAUAUGAAUGAGGCGUUGAUCAAGGAUGAGAAGAGGGCCGAGAGUAUCUUGAGCAGAAUUCCUGCGGGUAGGUGGGGAAGCCCAGAUGAUUUCAAGGGCGCUGUCGUGUUCUUGGCCAGUGCUGCGAGUGCCUAUGUCAGUGGCGAGAUACUUACUGUUGACGGAGGAUGGAUGGGGAGGUAG